AGUCUAUGCUUGCCUCUCUGACUGACACUGACAUUUCUGCUAUCCCUGGUGUGGUCAAAUCGGAAAUUUUGCAGUCAAUUUUCAAAAGUUCAAAUAAAUUGUCGAUACAUUGUGAAAGACACUAUAUUAAUUAUUCGAUUAAUAAAGAGCACCUGUUACAAAGGUCCUUUGAAGGAAGGGCUGAAAAUUAUGUUAUUUUUGUGUUAACCUAUCUUACGUAAUUCAAACAGCGAAAUGGGAAACACAGUGUCGGCCGAGGCUGGCGUAAAAUUGCCAAACAUUUCGGGUACGUCCAACCCACCGCCAGAAUGUCCAAUGCACAACAAGCAAGCCGAUCCUAAACCCGAAGAAACAAAACGACCAUCCGAAUGCCCCGUGCAGCAUGGCAAUGAUGUUAAUCCAUACAACAUGAUGCCGCCAGCUAACCAGCAGCCUGCCCCAGACCAGCCAUUUGAACUUCCCACCCAACGUCAAGUGUCCUCAAUUCCCCGUGCCAUGCCAGAUGGCUCCACAGAGUUCUGGGUAUACCCCAGCCAACAAAUGUUCUGGAAUGCCAUGUUACGCAAGGGAUGGCGCUGGAAGAAUGAGGAUAUCAAACAGAAAGAUAUGGAUGACAUCAUUAAAAUACAUAAUGCCAACAAUGAGCAGGCAUGGCAAGAGGUUUUAAAAUGGGAAGCACUUCAUGCUAAGGAAUGUGGACAUCCAAGAUUGAAGAGUUUUGGUGGCAAAGCUUCAGACUACAGCCCUAGGGCUCGCAUCAGACAUUGGCUUGGAUAUGAGCUGCCAUUUGACAGACAUGACUGGAUCGUCGACAGAUGUGGAAAAGAAGUGCGCUAUGUAAUUGACUACUAUGAUGGUGGAGAAGUCGACAACAAAUACCAAUUCGCCCUUCUUGACGUCAGGCCUGCCCUGGACUCCUUUGAUAAUGCAUGGGACAGAAUGAAAGUUAUGUAUAUGAGAUAUCGUUAUGAGCUUAUUGGCUCCAAAGAAAAUAAUAAAUUGACUAAUUAGAUUCAGUGCUUGAUCAUGCGUGUUGCAUGAAUUUACAUAAAAUAAUUAAGUAUUUAUUUUUUUGUGGGGUUCUUCUGUCGACAUGAGUUUGUCACUGUGGAAACUCUUUGUGAUUAUACUUUAAAUUAUUAUUCACAAAGUAACAGUACUUGUCGUCUUGAUACAGACUUCAUGAUUGUUAUAAUUUCCUUAAUAAUGCAUAUUAAAGGAUAUUAGAUUGUGUAGUUAACAUUUGGAGUAGUGAGAAGUAUUGUUUAUGGCCCUACAAUCCGUAUUUUAGUGUGAACUAAUGUUUCAUCAAGGUCUGAGUAAAACCUAAGAAAAUAUGUGAGAAACAUUAAAGCUAGUUCUAAUUUUAAUUUGGUACCUAAAUAAUGUCAAUAAUACAUUGGAUAAGAACUUAACUAACAAUUAAAUGCAAUAAAAAAUGUUAAAAAUAAA